AUGGGAGACGCCAACAAGAAGGGGAAACCCCAACCACUUGAUCCUCUACGACCAGAAGAAAUAAGCCAGGCCGCCGGAAUCGUCCGUGAGUCGAACCGCGGCAAGAAGAUAUUCUACCGAGCAAUCUCUCUCGUUGAGCCACCAAAGAAGGAUCUGGUCAAGUUCCUCGACAGCGAGCAUGGCGGUAAUAGAGAUGCCGUCCACCCGGAAAGACAGGCCAGAGUGCAGGCUUACGUCGCCAAAACUUUGCACGAGAUGAUUGUCAACUUGGACACUGCGACCGUCGCUUCUACCACCCCGCUGCCAGGUCGCCAUUCCUUCAUCGACACUGACUUUAUGGCACAAGUUGCUGCGGCUUGCCUGGCAGAUGAGAACAUCCAACGCGAGAUCAGUGCCCUCAAACUACCAGAAGGCGCUACCGUCGUCGUUGAGCCAUGGGCAUAUGCUACCGACGGCAUGAAGGAUAUGAAAGACCGCUGGACAAUGGCAUGGUUUUACAUGCGACUCUCUGACAACCCCGACGCGAAUUACUAUGCCUACCCGUUGGACAUAUGUGCGGAGGUAUCCAACUCCCUCGAAGUGGUCAAAAUUUACCGUCUGCCUUCUGGAGAGCAAGAUAAGCUCAGUGACGAGGGCAAGGAGUUUGAUCGCCGCAAAAUCCAUUCCAACAGCGAGUAUCAUCCAGAUUUCGUACAAGAGCGCAGGACAACGACAAAGCCGUACCACGUCUCCCAGCCCGAGGGUCCGUCGUUCAGUAUCGAGGAAAACCAUGUUUCUUGGGAAAAGUGGACAUUGAGAGUCGGCUUCAACUAUAGAGAGGGCAUGACUCUUCACGACAUCCGUUUCGAGGGCCGCAGUCUAUUUCAUCGUCUGUCUCUAGCCGAGAUGUUCGUGCCUCACGGAGAUCCUCGAUGCCCCUACCCUCGGAAAGCCGCUUUUGAUUUGGGAAACGACGGCGCAGGAAUCAACGCCAAUAAUCUCAAGUUGGGCUGCGAUUGUCUCGGGUAUAUCAAGUACUUUGACGGCUGGCUCAGCACCUCAUCAGGAGAACCUUUGAAGAUGCCAAACGUUGAUGGGUCCAUCUUCUACGAAGUCCGUGCCACGGGCAUCAUGUCGACAGCACCAAUUGACCUUGACACCAAGGUUCCAUGGGGGACCAUUGUCGCCCCAGGUGUGUUGGCGCCGUAUCACCAACACAUCUUCUGCUUGAGGAUGGACGCUGCUAUCGAUGGGCCUCAAAACUCCUUGGUUGUCGAAGAGUCUCACCCGAUUCCCUUCGGUGGAGACACAGACACGUAUAACCCUUUUGGUGUAGGAUACACCACAACGUCACAAGUCAUUGAGAAAGAGACAGGCUUGGAUCUCGAUUUCAACACGAACAAAACAUUUAAGAUUAUCAAUGAGAAUGUCACCAAUUCAACCACAGGAACUUCUGUCGGCUUCAAGCUUCUACCCCACUACAGCCAGCUUCUCCUCGCCCAGCCAAACUCAUGGCACGGCAAGCGUGCAAGGUACACAUCUCACGCUGUCUGGGUGACACGAUAUCACGACGACGAAUUAUUCCCGGCCGGGAGAUUCACCAUGCAGUCAACCGGAGACGAUGGCAUCGGAUCCUGGAUAGAGCAACGGAAGGACGGUGACUCGUCUUCGGUGCGCAACGAGGAUAUCGUAGUCUGGCACACGUUUGGGUCUACGCAUAACCCUCGUAUCGAAGACUGGCCGGUGAUGCCGUGCGAGAAAAUGAUGGUUGGGCUGAAACCGGUUAACUUCUUCCAGGGUAACCCUGCUCUUGAUGUGCAGAUUUCAACACAGGAAAAGAAUCGUAGUGUGCUGGUGCACGGUGCUGGUUGUGAGAAUUAG